AACACUUUGAGUGUAACACGCCGCUUGGCAGUCAUGUCGGCGUUGGAGUCGGGUCGCUCCGUGUUUGGAGAGUAGAGUCAGAUUUCUGUUCACAAUAAGUCUUUCUGUGCUUCUUAUCCACGGGGAUACGUUUUAGUUUGAGAUUAUGUGUUGAAGCGGAGCCGCGUGUUUGCUGCAGCGUCGGUUUAUUUUGAGUUAUUUGUUGGAGCCAUGGCAGCACUAUCAGAGGAGGUGCUGCUGGUGUUGAAGAAGGUCCGUCAGAGGAAGCAGGAUGGCACCCUGUAUCUGAUGGCUGAACGUAUAGCCUGGAGCCCCGAGGGCAAAGACCGCUUCACAGUCAGCCACUUGUACGCAGACAUCCGCUGCCAGAAGAUCAGCCCGGACGGUAAAGCCAAAAUUCAGCUCCAGCUGGUCCUGCACACCGGCGAGAGUACCACAUUCCACUUUUCCAAUGAGAGCACUGCGCUCAAAGAUAGAGAUGCUGCCAAAGAGCUGCUGCAGCAGCUUCUGCCCAAGUUCAAGAAGAAAGCCAACAAGGAGCUAGAGGAGAAGAACAGGAUGCUGCAAGAAGAUCCAGUGCUUUUCCAGUUAUAUAAGGAUCUCGUGGUGAGCCAGGUGAUCAGUGCUGACGAAUUCUGGGCCAACAGGUUAGGAGACAUAAGCAAUGCAGACCCUGCACUAUACAACAACAACAACAAACAGGAAGUCGGUAUAUCUGGAGCCUUUCUGGCAGACAUUAGACCUCAGACGGAUGGCUGCAAUGGCUUGAGAUAUAAUCUGACUGCUGACAUUAUUGAAUCCAUCUUCAGAACAUACCCUGCAGUGAAGCAGAAGUACAGUGAAAACGUGCCUCAUAACCUGACGGAGAAGGAGUUCUGGACCCACUUUUUCCAGUCCCAUUAUUUUCACAGAGACCGCAUCAACACAGGAACACAGGAUAUCUUCUCAGAGUGUGCCAAGCAGGAUGAAAAGGGCUUAAAAUCAAUGGUGGUUCAAGGAGUGAAGAAUCCUCUGGUCGACCUCUUGUCAUUAGAAGAUAAAACAUUAGAUGAGGGUUAUGGAGUUCGCACAGCGCCACCCUCAACUUCCAAUGCAAACAGGACUGUGAAGGAAAGCAGCAACGCUGCCAUCAUAAAGCGGUUCAACCAUCACAGUGCCAUGGUGCUGGCAGCUGGCUCACGCAAGGGGGAAACACCAACUGACCAAGCUAGUGAGACGAGCAGUACAGAUGGAAACUCGAAGGAUUCAGACUUCUUCCAGCCUCCUGUAAAGAAGGUUAAAUUACAAGAAGCCAUUGAGUAUGAAGAUCUGCAAAGGGAGAACAGAAUAAAAACCGUUGCAUUAAACCUCAAGAAGUCUGACAGGUAUGCUCAUGGUCCUGUGCCACUUCAGUCCCAACAUUAUACGACAAGCCAGGAUAUCAUCAACUCUGUCAACUACAUCCAGCACGAGAUGGUCAAUUACAAACCCAACCUCACUCAGGUGUUGUCCAGCACAGCUGCUAGUUCUGCCAUUGCAGCUCUUUCUCCAGGUGGCAUCCUCAUGCAGACAGGAGCACAGCAAGCCAUAAACCAGAUGAUACCCACUGAGGUUCAAGGGGAAUUGAAGCAUCUUUAUGCAGCUGCUGGAGAGUUGUUGAGACACUUCUGGUCCUGUUUUCCUGUAAACACACCAUUUUUGGAAGAGAAGGUGAUAAAAAUGAAGUCAAACCUCGAGAGAUUUCAGAUGACCAAGCUUUGUCCUUUUAAGGAGAAGAUUCAGCGUCAGUACUUAAGUACAAAUCUCACAGGGCAUUUGGAAGAGAUGUUUCAGACAGCCUAUAGCAAGUUUCACAUCUGGCAAACCCGCCGCAUGAUGAGGAAAACCUGAGGUUCAACUGACGGUUUGUCAAAGAGAAGACAAGGAAGACAUUAAAGUAUACGGACAAAUGGCCUGUGAAGAUUCUCCAGACUGCUGUGACGAGACCACAGAUCACAUCCUGAUGGGACGUGGUUCACAGAGGGGAUAUAGAUGGACGCUGCACUAACUGUUCAACAGAGACUAACUGCAUCUCAGUCACAAAUAACUGUAAUUAGUUUAUUUUUCUUUGUGUUUUCUCAAUGGUUAAGAGAUUGUUGCCGGUAAAAUGGUUAAAUGGGACUUUAAAAAAAAUAAAUAAAUAAAAUAAUGGUGGAACAUGACCAAAUUUCAGAUGGAAAAUCAGAAAAGCACUCAGGACUACAGGGUGAGAUGCAAGCUGCCAACAAUGUGUUUCAUCAGUGCACGGAGCAGGAAAACGUCUCUGAGCACUGGGUCGAUUUUGUGGAACAAAGUUCCAGAAAAGUGAAUAUAGCAAUACUGUUAAGACAUUUCACACUUGAGUGCAUUAGUGUGUGUGCGUGAGUGUGUGUGUGUGUGCGUGAGUGUGUGUGUGUGUGACUGAAAUCACACUGUCACUGGUUUGUAAUGUCUGCACUGAAUGUUACUCUGAAUUAAAAUGAGGCAUAAAGCUUUUUGUUCUAGUAAA